GGGGUGUUUUGACUUUAUUUCCUAGCAACGCUCCUAGGUAACGACGUAGAGGAAGCGCGCCCAGCACGGCGGUCAUUUUUAACGACAAUAACAAACAACAACAUGGAGCUGCAAGAGAGGGCGGCGGCACCUUCUUUUAGGCAAGAAGAUGAAGAUAUGAACGGCCCUGAUGUACAAACAGGCACACCAGAAGCCCGAAGUCAAAGUAGUGUCGUGCAGGAUCAGAGACGGCCCAAAAUGGAAACAGAUGGUCGGGAGCUUCAGCGGUCACAACAAGAAGCUCUACAGCUAGAAUUCCAGGACAGUAAUCUGUCCCCUGUGCUGUCACUGCUGCCGCUAACUUCAGCAUUGGAGCACAGCAUCACCAACUAUUCUUUUUUCCAUCAAGGUGAUCCAGAAUUUGCUCCCUUAAGGGCAUUUCCUGAUGUUUCUGUGGUAUCAGAGAGGUUUCACUUUCCUAUCCAUGACAGCACCAGCCAUUCCUAUGAGCAGAGCUCACUAUCUCAGCACCCUUUGGCUCAGGCAACUCUCCUUUCUGAAGAAGGAGCAAACGGCAACUGCUCUCCAUCUCGGCACAAUUUAUCAAAAGAAAAGAAAGGCAAACAAGAGGAUAUGGCUCACCUAUUUACACGUGACGCUGCAGUUAAUACACAAGGGAAACUAUCAAGAGAUGGUAGCAAAAAGAUGGAGUUGGAAACGCUAUCCAACCUGACAGAGAAGAACAAACGGGAAAUUCAUGAAGAUGAAACUUUCUUUCUGAGUAAAGAUAUUCCUGCACAGCAGCUCCUGGAUCUGUUACAGAAAGAGGUUGGCAUGCAAAGCAGCAGUAGCAGCGCUGUUUCCUCUCAAUCCCAGCCCUCUAUGAAAAGUACCGGCUUUUGUCCGGAUCAGCCAAGACACACAGAAAACUGCAAAGGCAUCAUGUUUGAAAGACAAGGUCCACCAGGCGAAGCAAGUCCUUCCCAACAUCAGAAACGGCACAAAGACAUCAGUACCAUUACCAUUGGUUCCCGCAGGACUCAACCUGAUGAUAGUAGCGAAGAGUUGCACAGAAAGCUGCUCUCUGAGGUACGGAGACUCAACAGCUUGGAGGUAAACAAGAAACCAAAAGGUCUGACACCAACUCCUCAUACCUUCACACCAUCUCACAAAAGAUCACAAGGCAAGUCGAGUGGAAAGCCACUUUCAGCUGGUUCUGAAUGGGUUCACAGAAAACGAGACCUAUGGUCCUCACAGAACCAAAGAGGGAGUGAUGGCUCCUACCUUGGUUUCCUUCCUCAGUCCCAAUCCACUCCAGGGAUUUUCUUUGCUCCAAUGAAAUUCAAUGUCAAGACUAAGCUAGGACAUCUUUCAGCCAUAGAAUCUAAUAAAGAGGUCUUGUAUCAGUCAAGCACGGGCGCGCAUUCAGCUGAUGGCCGUCUCCCAGACACUGCUAACCAGUGUGCAGAAGAGGCUCAGCAGGCCUCUGACAAAGUACGUUCUCUCCCAAGUCUCAACUAUCUGCAGAAAGUAGAUGCCUGGAGGACAAAACAGAGCUCAGAGAGGGCCCCGCUGUUUGAAGACCUAGCACUGGACAGACGUGGAGUUUCUCCUGAGAAGAAAGGUGAUGAAGCAGGAUCCAACACCCUGAAUCAGGGCCUUCCCCAGCAGGCUUUACAACAGCCUUCCACCAACCAGGAUGCUACCCAGAUCUCCUCGUCUGCUCCAUCAGGAGCUUCUUCUCCAAGAAGGGGCGAAGCUGUCGGCGGAGCUCCCAGUGCCCUGGCGAAUAAGGGAUCUGCUGCGCCACCUUCCGCCUCUCCCUUCGGCAGGUCACAGUCCCUCUCGUCCCUCAGCCCAGUUGUCAUGUCAGCUGACAAGCUCCAGCAGACCAAUGUCGGCCCAGAAAAUAGGACAACUCAGAUUCAGACCGAUGCUCAUCCUCCCCCCAGCACUGCCAUCCAACCCUCACCUCUUGACAGCCUCGGCCACUUCAGCGACGUCUCUGUUGAUCAAGAGCUUUCUAGUUCCCAAGAUAGUUGCACAGAAAUCAAAGUAGGGCCUUCUGUCGGAACGUCUUCUGUUGUCAGCCUUGAGCUUGAUAAUUAUGCCCCCUACUGGACUUUUAAACAUUCAACAACAUCACAAUCUCUUCCUGGGUCUAAAGAGCUCAACAUUGACGAACGAAUUCCGUUAUAUCUUCAAAAUCUGGGUAUCGACCAGACUCCGUCAAAAAUCCUGACUCCGUUUGCACCUAGAGGGCCCAUUAGAGAACCAGAAUUCUCUCCCACUGAUCUCUGUACAAUCAAAGGAUCUUCUGGAACCCCUUCGAAGAGCACCCAACCCUCUGAGGGUGGCAGUCCUCAUAAAGGUGACUUCUCCAGGUCCAGUGUUCUGUCAGUGGACUCCAGUAUAUCCAUCCCGUUCAGCCUGGACAGUCUAGGUCCAGCUGCAUCUAUGUCAGAGCAGGUCAGAGCGAGGACUUCUCUUCCAUCCAAUUCAGAAGCGUCUCAGAGGGAAGGCCGACCAGUAUCCUGCUCCCAGCCUGAUGAACGCUCCACCAUCCUGCACCCUGGCCAGCAGCAGCACGAUGGCAGGCAGGAUUUUAUCCAAAUAGAAGACAGGUUUCAGCCUAACUGGGUGGCUAUGAAGAUCACUGGGACAGAAAGAAACUUAGUUCUGCAGAGCAGCCAUAGUCUGGGUCAAGAGUCAGAAAAUUCUUUUGUUAGCACGAGGGCAUUGUCAGAGAUCCGUAAACUACUGUCUCAAGGCGAGAAUAUGAUAUCUACAGGAUCUUCCACAGCCUCAUCGGGACCUAACGCAGCCAGUCAUUUCUCUGAUAUAGACAUUUUCAGGCCACCAACAACAAAGGACAGCAGGCUCCAAAGCUCCUCGUUCUCCUCCUUCAGCUCCACAGGCAGUGACCUCAAAUCUCAAUCCUCUUUGCCAUUGGCCAGGUCCUCUUCAGAGUCCAUGCUUACAUCUGAGAAACCAAAGCAAAGCUCUGCAGGUCAAGAGAGUUUGACCACAUCUUGGCAACCUGACAAUCUAUCCACACAAACUGUCAGUAUUGGGCCACAAGAUGGCGCUGUCAGUAACAGUGCUGGGGCGUCUCUUGUCAUGUCCAAGUCAGCCCGGCGGGCAGAGCCUGAGGGAUGUAGUGCAGCACCCCCAGAUAAAAUCCCAACGCAGCCGUCGACAGCUGCAGUCACACAGCAGCUUAACGCAACUUCUACAGACGGAAAAGGGCUGCCAGAGGAAGAAGAAAAGGCAACACCUAGGGAUCCUGGCGCAGAGAGUCGAUCUUCCUCUCCCAUUCCAGAGGAUGCGGACCAGGGAGUGAUAAGCGGUGGUAGCAGUGAGAGCUCACUGGCAGUCAGAGUGGCCAAAUUACUGGUAAAUGAAUCUCCAGCCACCGUGGCAUCGAGCACACCCAGUGUCACAGAUCAGGAAGAGGGCAAAGCCAGAGAGUGGCUCAAGUCGAAAGCUUCGGGACAGCAUUGUGAGCCGCUGCGGUUGAACUUGGAAGACAGAAGGCGUAUUGAAGAAAUCAAGCAAGAGCUCCUGUUAAACCACCCCAUGAAGAGCCAGGGGAGCACAGAUACAGAGAGCAGUGCAGCAUCCAGUGUUAGUGUCAAUAAAAAGAACACUCCCCCUAAAGAAGCUGAAGCAUUUUCUACCCUCAUUGAUGCCAACAAGAAGCUUGGCCUCAGCAUGGACCACCCAGACCCCCAAACACAGCUACAGAGCAUCCUUCACCUGAAUCUAGAAGCCCAAGUUUGUGAGAUUGCUGCCAGAGAAGGAGUAAAACUCCCUUCAAAAAGACCUCAGACCCUCACAUCCAUCAUCAUACCCACCCACAGCCACUCUGUGACCUCCUCACCAUCCAUGUCACCUGCACCUCCCCUCAGCCCAGCCUCAGACCCACUUCACCUGACAGAGCUUCCUGCAGGAACAGUCAAACCCACAUCAACCAAUAAGUCUCUUCCAACAAAUCAGGAGGAGGCGGAGAGGGUUCCUUCAGCCCAGACCACGAGAGAACCACCAUCUGUGUAUGAUGAAAGUACCAGUAACCACAUCGCAACAUCUCAGAAAGCUCCAGGGAAUCAGAAGAGGCAAGACACUGUGGGAGGCCAGAGUGAGGAACCUCCUUUAGAUAAACAGGAUGUGAUUGUUAGACAUAUUAACACAACCUUUCGCAAUCAGCAUGAAGAGAUAUACACCCAGACCAGUUCUUUUUCGGCUGUUGGUCAUGAAGCAAAACAGGCUUUCAGGACGACUCAUCUCCCACACGUCCAUUUCACUCUGCCCCCUAAAGCAUCAGAUCACACUUCUUCCUCUGCUGUCCACCAUCCUGGUGCCACUCUCAGAGACCCCUCUUCAGCUGUCAGCAGUCCAGACGAAGGCGUUGGGUCAUCAAGUCCAGCAGAAUGGUAUGACAGCAGGAAGCCGGCGCUGGAUAGAUCAGACGCCUCUACCGUGUUUAAAGCUCCUCAGGGAAAGGGGAUCACAGCAUCAUCACAGUCCUUCGCACAGCGACACAGAUCUGCAGCCUCACCAAGACCUUUUACUGCUGAAACACCAGUUCCUGUACUGCUACCUUACAAACCUCGCGGCAGUGAGGAGCUCUUCUACGUCCCUCACACAGAAGCUGAUGCCUCCUCCACAAACCAGUCUGACACCACCAUGGAGAGCUCUCACACAGGCUCAGACGACGCAGUGCCUCCCAGCUUUAGCAGCGAGGUCCUCGGGGAUCAAGACCCAGGAUUGGGCCGUGGAGUUGCAAUCAGACACAAGGAGGGCAUUUACAGCAAGAGGCUGAAAACAGCUUCCUUCAGAAUGCAAGAUCCGGCACACACAGAUGCUUCCGCAGCAGCAGAGAAAGGGUCUCCAGCUUUGAGCCAAAGUCCAAAAUCAUCUUCCCAGGUGUCGGAUACCUUUACCAGAGUGCCGUCAAUUAACAACCCCAAAGCCUCUAAGAGGGAUCAAGGUACCAGCCCGAUCCAGUUCCUCCAUUACCAACCAACUGAACUGGCUCAUGAGAAGUUUCACCCAGCACAAGAGGAGGUUAGAGAGCGAGACCUGCCUCUAUCGUCCCCCCAACAGAGCAGUAACACCCUGGACCACCUGUGGCAGAAGUUCUAUGACCAGUGGAGCAAGGAGGAGUCACGCCCAGCCAGUGAUAAAGAGGCUUCACUGUUGGAGCGAUUAGAGCGUCUAUCUCAUGUGAUUCAUCACACACAGGCCGCUCAUGGAUCAGAUGUUCAGGAAGGGCAGGGUUACUAUCUUUCUGAACAGCUUGGAAGGAGACAGAGGAGGAAGGAAAGGUGGAAGGUAGGAGGAGGCAGAGAAGCAGAACAUCCAGCCCAACUGAGGCUGCAGGCUGAGGAACCUGUGUUUCCGGCAGAGAACGACAGCAUUGUCUCCCACAGUUCCUCCCAGAACCACCCGUUCUCCCCAGCAGACAGAGAUCAGCCAGAGAGCCUGUCAACCCUAUCAGGCUCCACAUCCACUGUGGACACGGCCCGACUUAUCCGAGCUUUCGGUGCUGACAAAGUGAAGCACCUGAAUAGCAGCUCAAGCCUCAGUAAAUUGUACAGCACCAUCAACAAGCAGAGGGAGGUGAGGGAACACCGGAGAAGAACAAAGGUGGACUCCUCGGUUACCCUCACACCAUUAGAAACAACCGGCACAGAUGGAUCAGUUGUUCCCGAUUCUGCAUCAACACCCAGCACAUGCACCGCCUCACCAGACCGUGGACCUUCCAGGGCUCUAACAGCCAAGAGGGCUGUAAGAGUCGUCAACAAAAGUAUCCAGGCAGGUGAGCUGGAGAUUGUUCAUAACGGGACUCGACGGCACACUAGAGAUGUUGGGACUACGUUUCCUUCUCCUGGAGAAGCCAGAGCUCUUGAGCAGAUUUCCCCCCCCUUGUCCAGCACGGUGGGAGGAAGAGGAGGAGGGUGGAGAGUUCUUCCUAAGUCUAACAACAGCCAGAAGCAGAAAAAGAGCAAGAGGAGCCCCCCAAAGCCUUACCCUAAAGGUGUUUCGUGGUUCAUCUCUGCUGACAACCUGAGGUCUGAGACGAGGAAGGAGAACCGGCCAGAGGAGUCAGCUCGGAGGCCGAACACCGCAUGGUUUGAGCCGUACAGCAGAGUCCAUCCGUGGAGAGAGCCGCUCAGACAGAGACAAGUCCACGAGGACGGAAGCAACCGACAUUUUAAAACUCCACCUGAGCUGGAUCCAAAUCCUAAAAGCAAAAUAUUGCCCUCUGGCCUAGCAUGGGUCUCCCUGAAAGAGGCUCUGGAGAUGCGCCGGCCAGACUUUAUCUCUCGAUCCAAGCAGAGGGUGAGAUGUCUGGCUCUGCAGGCCGAGGAGAGGAGGCUUCAGGCCGUGUUCAGGAGAGAGAGAAACCUGCCCUUCAACCAGCUGUGGGAGCCAGAGAGGCUGCUGAAGCCUGCAGGCACUGCCCUGUUGAGGAGAGCGGUACCCAGGAAGGAAAUGAUCCAGAGGUCCAAACAGAUUUAUGAGAAUCUUCCAGAGGUGCAGCGCAGGAGAGAGGAGGAGAAAAGGAAAGCAGAGUAUCAGUCCUACAGACUGAACGCCCAGCUCUACAACAAGAGAAUCACAAACCUUGUCCUGGGCAGGAGGGCAGCCUGGCACUGAUCAAACACAGCUCAGCCAUUUUACUCUUCAUUUUAUACAUUGUGUGAAAUUUUUUAUUUUGAAAAUAAUGUAAAACAGAAACUUGAAUUUUUUUCUAUUAAAGCGAUUUUAAUGUU